CGUUCUUCUCUGUGUCGUCUUCAAUCUGAAACCCAAAUCGGCUUCUGUAGCCAUCGAUUGACCUCCGUUGCUUUUGUUUCUUGCAGUCCAAGUCCAUUGAAUGUCAAUUUCAGUGGCCUUAGUCAUGAAGCAAGAGAAAGGUUGAUGGUAUCGUGCAAUAGCAGCACCAGGCCUGGCAGUCCUAGUUCUGGGGAUAGUGACAGCAUGGGUGUUCUGGAUGCAUUUUUCUUGGAAAAGGCUCUUGCAGAGACACUAAUUGAACGCAUUGAGUCCACUGUAGGGGGGUUCUUUAGUAUUGUUGGCAGGUUGCAAGCUGAGCAACAAAAGCAAGUACAGGACUUCCAGAAGUAGAACUGAAUAUGUGGCUGGAUGCGUUUCUUCUCUUUCCUAAUGUAUAUGGAGACUAAAAAUUUAAACUAAUUGAAGGGCAAGAAAUUGCAGCGAUGACAGAAUGUAUAGCUCCACAGUCAUGUUUCAAGCCCUGUAUGUGGAGAAUUUGUGCCAAAAAGAGAGGCUAUGAACUGCCAAAUUUACAUUUUAAGACAGCUCAAAGGAAGUUUUCCCAUGGAAGCUGUAUGGUAGUCUGGCUCUCAACAUGCAAAGGAUACAACCUCAGUUCUGCAGUUGUGUCAUUGUCUGUAACUCCCUUUUGGAGGGAGACUUCUUUGAGGUACUUGGGGUCUCUGUUGAACGCUGAUGGUACUGCUUCCUCUGAUUGGCUACCCUUUGGUGAUCAGUUUCUUAUGAUGACUAGUAUAUUUCUUACGUAUAUGGCUGGAGCAAUUCCUGGCCGGCUUUCUUUCCUCCUUAAAGUGAAUCAGUUUCUAGGUGAUUCCGAAAAUGUUAACAUGGAUGAAUGGUUGAUAAUUUUUCCCGAAAUUAUUAGAAAAGUUGGCUGGAAAAAGGAGCUUUGCCUAGAAAACAACCACCUAAACAAGUUUACAGGCAUGGAUGAAGGUUUCAUCAUUCUUUUAGCUCAAAGGGGAGCACUCUAUUAGAUUACAAAAGAAGUUGUUGACAAAGAGCGGUUGAUGCCAGGAGUCUGCUACAAUAUUUCUUUUUCUUUUUAUCUUACAGAAUGGGCUGAGACUCUUUAUAUUCCCGGGGAUAUCACCUGUACUAAUACAAAUACAGACUUUUAGGCACCCCAAACUUAUUUCUGACAUAUAUGGUGGUUAUGAACAGGAGGCAGGGAAAGCGUCAGAGGUAUGACGUUCUGGAGAAAAUAUUGCGUUUCCAGUUCAGGCAUCUGCAGUAAGAUUUUUGAAAUAUAUCAGCUCUCCUGUGCCUUCUUUCCAAGCCGAAGCACCAGCAACUCCUGACAGGAUAUCGGAUUUAGGCACUAUGGAUAUGUCAUGGGAUGACCAUCUCACGGAAGAAAGCCUCUUCUAUGCAGUUCCAUCUGGUGCUAUGGAAGCUUAUAGAAAAUCUAUUGUUUCUCAUGUGAUGCAGUGUGAGAAAACUGGCAAUAGCUUGCAAGAGGAAGUUGAGACAUCUAUGUAUCAUGCUGUAGCUGAAUUUGGAUAUUAUGAGAGUGCAUAUGAUGAGGAUGAAGGAGAGACAAAAGUGCAUAUUAUUUGCCUGGACCUCUUGAAAGUAGCAAGGCAUCAAAAUCUGCUCAAAAGAAAUGAAAUAGCAUAAUGAAGUCAUAUAAUGCACGAUCAUAUGAGGCUGGAGCUGAUUUGCCGUAUGGACGCAGCACUGUUGGAUAUCAACAACCUAUGUUGUUGGGCAAAAGGCCGGCACAUAGUCUGAACGUUGGUUCAAUCCCAACAAAGCGCAUGCGUACUGCUUCCAGACAGAGGGUUAUAAGUCCUUUUGGUGUUGGGCUACUGGGGUUCUGCAGGCUACGACGAAGACAGAUGCUUCAAGUGGGGAUACUAGUUCUUAUCAGGAUGACCAGAUCACUAUGCAUGGUGGAUCCCAUAUCCAGAGAAGUCUGGAAGUUGAGUCUGUUGGGAAUUUUGAAAAGCAAGUGCCGUAUGGCUAUGCAGAGACAUCAACGAAACUUAAAAAGAAGAAAAAGACAAAGAACCCGGUACAAAUGAAUUCUUAUAUGUUCAUGUUGGGCAUUGAAUACUGACUAGAAUAUGUUCUUAUAUAGUAAUGAAUUCUUAUAAGUUCUUAUAUAGUAAUGAAUUUAAUUACUGACUA